AUGGAUGGCGAACUGAUAACUUCCGGUUCAGCAUUUCAAGAGAUGCUAAUCAGACACAAUGCAACAGCGCAAACGGAUCAGACAGAACCGUUGGAUUUAUCAAUAUCAAAAGUGAGAGAUGAUGGGGAUGGAUCACAAGGCUUAUCAGUGGAAAGAAAAGAUGAAGGAGAGGUUGGUUUGCAAAUGCUUCAAAUAAAACCCCUAAAUUCACCGGUUCCAAAAGUGAAACAGGAAGGAAAUAAGUCGCAAGGCUUAUCAGUGGAGGGAGUGAGUGAUGAACGAAUUAAACUUCGGCGACAAUUCGUUCCAAUCGAAACACCGGUGGAAGUGAUCGAGCUAUCAAGGCAAGAAAAAAGGACGAUAAAAAAGCAGCGUUGUGACAUAUGUCGAAAGGAAGUGGCAAAAAUAAAAGAACAUAUGAUGACUCAUACCGGUGAGAAGCCGUACAGUUGUUCAAUAUGCAAAAAGAAUUUUAGUCGCUCUUCGCAUGUGAAAAGACAUAUGAUGACUCAUACCGGUGAAAAGCCGUACAGUUGUUCGACAUGCAAAAAAAUUUUCAAUGAUUACUCGAAUAUGAAGAAACAUAUGAUGACUCAUACCGGUGAAAAGCCGUACUGUUGUUCGAUAUGCAAACAGAAUUUCAGUCAGUCCCAAAGUAUGAAAAAACAUAUGAUGAUUCAUACCGGUGAAAAACCGUACAGUUGUUCGAUAUGCAAACAGAAUUUCACUCACUCCCAAAGUAUGAAAAAACAUAUGAUGAUUCAUACCGGUGAGAAGCCGUACAGUUGUUCGAAAUGCGGAAAAAGUUACACCCGAAAACACAGUUUGCAGUCUCACAUGGUAACUCAUGUCAUAAACAAACCUAUGCAUUGUAUUCAGUAA